AUGAUGAUAUACUGCGAUAUAGAGAUGCUCAAAGUGAAACUUCUUCGGCACUUAAUGUCAACACCGAUGACAUUAUUACAAGUAUGUAUUUACCUGGUUCACAACAAAAUGCGGUUCCGAUCUAUUUUCACCAACUUACUCUUUCCUCAGACGACACAUCCGGUCAACAUGGAAAUGCUGAACAGAACAACAUGGACAAUAAGCACUUCUCGGAUAACUUGA